UCCUUGUUCUUGUCAUCCUCCGGUGAAUGACUCGCCCCCGACGCAGCAGCCACACAACCUAAACAAAAGAAAACAAAGAUAGGAGCAAACACACACACACACACACACACACACACAGAGAAAGAAGAACCUCUCUCGGUCGGGAACGAUGCUGGAGUUGGAGUCGGAUAGGAAUGCCCGAGGAUGCGGAGUCGUGCCGAAAGCCUGCGUGCGGUGAAGGUGCACACGCGCUGCUCUGCGCGUGCAUCCUGCACGUCGUCCCGCACAUCACGCACAUCCUGCCGCGCUGCUUUGUCUUCACAGAGCCGCACGAGACGCCGCGCCGCAGCGGCAGUCGGCUGCGCGGUUCUCAGCUGCUCAGCGGCGUGGCAAGGAUGAGUUUGCACGGAGCUGAACACUGCAGGGAGAGGCGUCGCUCCGGAGAUCGCUCCAGGGACUCGUCUCACGAACGGGUCGAGGGCCAGCUCACGCCCUGCAUCAGGAACGUCACCUCACCCACACGUCAGCAGCUCAGCGAUCGAGAGAGAGAGGCAGGGUCUUGGUCAAGGUCAGCGAGUCCCAGGCCUCAGAAAGUCUCCAGCCCCUUCUGUGCGGAUCUCCACGGGAAACCUCACAGCUCUGACAUGAUCUACGUGCACGAGAACGCGAAGGAGGGCUCUCGGAGCGUGAGGACGGCCGAAAGGGUGACGCUCAUCGUGGAUAACACACGCUUCGUCGUCGACCCCACGGUCUUCACCGCUCAGCCCAACACCAUGCUCGGCAGGAUGUUCGGAGCCGGCAGGGAGUACAACUUUACUCGGCCAAACGAGAAGGGCGAGUACGAGGUGGCCGAGGGCAUCAGCUCCACCGUGUUUAGAGCCAUCCUGGAUUAUUACAAAUCAGGGAUAAUCCGCUGCCCCGAUGGGAUCUCCAUUCCCGAGCUGAGGGAGGCAUGUGACUACCUCUGCAUCUCUUUCGACUACAGCACCAUCAAGUGCAGAGAUCUGAGCGCACUGAUGCACGAGCUGUCGAACGACGGGGCACGGCGGCAGUUCGAGUCGUACCUGGAGGAGAUGGUGCUGCCACUGAUGGUGGCGAGCGCUCAGAGCGGAGAGAGGGAGUGUCACGUGGUGGUGCUGACCGACGAUGACGUGGUGGACUGGGACGAAGAGUAUCCGCCGCAGAUGGGCGAGGAGUAUUCUCAGAUCAUCUACAGCACCAAACUCUAUCGCUUCUUCAAAUACAUUGAGAACCGAGACGUCGCCAAGUCCGUGUUAAAGGAAAGAGGACUGAAGAAGAUCCGAUUAGGCAUCGAAGGUUACCCGACCUACAAGGAGAAGGUGAAGAAGCGUCCCGGCGGCCGGCCCGAGGUAAUCUACAACUACGUGCAGAGACCGUUCAUCCGCAUGUCCUGGGAGAAAGAGGAGGGGAAGAGCCGGCACGUCGACUUCCAAUGCGUUAAGAGCAAAUCCAUCAGCAACCUGGCGGCGGCGGCGGCGGACACGCCUCACGACCAGCUGGUGGCGCUGCACGCCGGGCCUCAGGUGGACGAACUGGACAUCCUGCCAAACCACCAUCAGCCCGACCCAGACGCUCCCCCUCCGGCCGUAUGAGUUUUUAAUACAAACGCAAGCACACGAGUCUGGACGCAGGCAGCACGCCGCGGAACACCGCUCCUCGGAACACGCCACGAUCAUCUACUGAUAAGGACGUGCGAGUUUCAGAGCCCUGACACACCAAGCCUGGUGCAAUCCCAAGGCUCGACAAAUCAUAAGUUUGUUAGCAAUCGUACUAAAGUUUUUGUAACAUAUUAACUAGCUAGCUAGCGCUCAGCUAUCCGCGCUACAUGGUUUAACGAAGCCAAAGACGAAAAAUUCGUCUUCAAAGAGUCCAAGCAAACAUGGCUAAACUAGUCAUAAAAGAAACACCAGCGUUUAGUGUUAAUUAGCGCACAGAAACAUUAAUGUUAAAUCUCUGACUCUGAACUUUACUGUCUCAGACGUUAGUUAGCUGGAAAAAUGACGUAGCCUGUUGUCUGAUCUAGGCUUGCGCUUGUAUAGCUAUACCGCUAGUCAUGGAUUUUAGUGUAAACGCUCAGGAUUCGGGUGUAGCUGUACUUUUCUUCUUCACCGAUUCACCGCGCAUCGUCUUCCAGCAACCUGAGGUGUAGCACCAGCGGUGGCGGCUAUACACCACGAAAAACCCCUACGGUUGGCUUGGUGUGUCACUGCUCUCUCUCUCUCACACACACACACACACACAGAGUUCAAGCACACAAACACAAACCAGACGCCUCAAAACGUUAAGACAUCAAGCGCAGCACAAUCUGUUUCACCAGGUAUAAUGUAACACACACACACACACACACAAACACACAGAGUGUUGUUCAUCCGGUGAAGGAGACUACAGAUCGAUUCUUUUCCAGACUCUCCAGGCGUUACAGUCUGAUGUCACUCGUCCGAUGAACUCUAAAGGCGUGAUGUAGAUCGGACCGAGUGAAAGCAGCGACGCGAUGAUCUGAGCCGCUCCUCCUCCUCACAGAUCCUCAGUCAGAUCUAAACCCCUACACGUGAUGUCACUUCCUGUAAUUGUACCUCUCUGAUCUGUUGUGACCCCACGGUCGCAAACUCCACCUCGUUUUUAUAGCUGUGUGGAUUUUAAUAAAGCUACAAAUUGCUGUGGUUUGUCAA